AUGGCAUCACCUCGGUGCCUCUAUGCACCAGGCAGCGCAGCGCUGGCCGCCCUCGGAGGCACCGGCAUCAGCGUCAUGGUCGGCGGGCCCAACAACGUCCUCCCCGACCUGGCCACCAGAGCGCCCGCGGCGGCCGCGGGGUCGGCGCCAACAUCCAGGCCCACCCGGCCGUCUCAUUCUGUCGUCGGCAACGAGGUCGCCGGGAGCGACACGCGGUAUGUGGGCCCUGCCAUGGAGAAUGUCCACAUCGCGCUUGUGGCGAACGGUCUGGGCGGCGCAAUCAAUGUCACGAUGGCGAUAUCACAGGCCACCAUCGCCAUACACGUCUCACCGUCCGCCAGCGAGUUCACCAACGAGUCCAAGCCGUUCAUGAUCCCCGUGCUGCAGUUCCUUUUAUUGCAUGAUGUCGUCGAUGUAGACCACAAUCUGCAUCCGCUCCUGGAGUACCUCCCAAGCUCCGCGCCUACGCUGGAGCAAACGCCGUCGCAACGGGGGAGCCCGAGGACACAGGUCCACCGCGAGGAUGCCGCGCCGCUGCGCCAUCCUUGCUUGAACAGACUGGUUUCCACAUUCAUCCCCAACCAUAGGACCGCUGGCCUCAUCAGGGAUGGAUCCGAGGAAUCUUUAUUUAGUGCUGUCAUCGUCGCCGCCAAAGCCAAGACGAUGAACAACCUGAAAACCUAA